AUGAUUGGGGGUCUGUUCGUGUACAACCACAAGGGGGAGGUGUUGAUAUCUCGGGUGUAUCGUGAUGAUAUCGGUCGUAAUGCCGUGGACGCGUUCAGGGUGAACGUGAUCCACGCUCGUCAGCAGGUCCGCUCGCCCGUCACAAACAUCGCUAGGACCUCAUUUUUUCAUAUUAAGAGAGCUAACAUUUGGCUAGCGGCCGUCACAAAGCAGAAUGUCAAUGCCGCCAUGGUGUUUGAAUUCCUGUUGAAGAUCAUAGAUGUGAUGCAGUCAUACUUCGGAAAGAUAUCCGAAGAAAACAUCAAGAAUAACUUUGUUCUCAUCUAUGAAUUGCUCGAUGAAAUCCUGGACUUUGGUUACCCUCAAAAUUCUGAUACCGGAGUCUUGAAGACUUUCAUCACACAGCAAGGAAUCAAGUCAGCUACCAAGGAAGAACAAGCACUCAUUACAUCACAGGUGACUGGUCAGAUCGGUUGGCGUCGUGAAGGCAUCAAGUAUCGACGUAACGAGUUGUUCCUAGAUGUACUUGAAUAUGUCAACUUAUUGAUGUCACCGCAAGGUCAAGUUUUAUCAGCUCAUGUGGCCGGUAAGGUGGUGAUGAAGUCUUACCUGUCAGGAAUGCCGGAGUGCAAGUUUGGCAUUAAUGAUAAAAUUGUCAUGGAAGCUAAGGGCAAAGGAAAUGGCGGUAUCUCCGGCAAUACAGACAGUGACCCAGCUCGCUCUGGCAAACCUGUAGUUGUCAUUGAUGACUGUCAGUUCCACCAGUGUGUGAAGCUGAGCAAGUUUGAGACGGAACACUCUAUUUCGUUCAUACCGCCCGAUGGAGAGUUUGAACUUAUGAGAUAUCGUACAACAAAGGAUAUAUCUCUGCCGUUCCGUGUGAUUCCUUUGGUACGUGAAGUUGGUCGCACCAAGAUGGAAGUGAAGGUUGUUCUGAAGUCUAACUUCAAACCAUCUUUAUUGGGACAGAAAAUUGAAGUGAAGAUCCCAACACCGCUCAACACUAGCGGGGUGCAGCUGAUCUGUCUGAAAGGAAAGGCCAAGUACAAGCCAUCGGAGAAUGCUAUUGUGUGGAAGAUCAAGCGUAUGGCCGGCAUGAAGGAGACCCAGCUGUCCGCUGAGAUUGAACUCUUGGAGACUGACACCAAGAAGAAGUGGACUCGACCACCCAUAUCUAUGGGAUUUGAAGUACCCUUCGCACCUUCUGGGUUCAAGGUCCGUUAUCUGAAGGUGUUUGAGCCCAAGCUGAACUAUUCUGACCAUGAUGUUAUUAAAUGGGUUCGGUACAUUGGACGCUCCGGGUUAUACGAAACGCGCUGUUAA